AAAUCAGUAAAUCAUUUAUAAAAUUCAAUUUAUCUUUGCCUUUCAUUCAAAUUUUCUAAAUUAUUAUAUUUUCAAAAUGUUGAAACGUCUAAAUUACAUUAAGUCGGUGCAGCAACGUAUGGCAAGGGUACUGCACAUAAAAUUCCCAUUACAAAAUUCAACUCCAGUUGAGCAUAUUGUGAGCAGUGCCAAAGUGAAGACUGAUAUAGGAAUCGACAGGGAUAUACCUUAUAUAAUAGACGGACAGAAUUACAGGUAUAAAGAAGGCCAUGUAUACCAAGGAUUUCGAUGCGAACGUGUUGAGUCUAUCCCAGACUAUGGAUUAAUGUCAUGCACUUUGAGACACCUUGGCACUGGCACAGAAUUCUGGUAUCUCGAUCGCAAUCACAUUGAAAAUUCAUUUUCAAUUCAUUUCCGCACUACGCCAUUCAACUCAACGGGACUGCCUCACAUUUUGGAGCAUCUCACGUUGGCCGGUUCUAAAAAAUAUCCCGUUCGAGAUCCUUUCUUUAAAAUGCGCAAUCGUUCAGUUGCUACCUUCAUGAAUGCCAUGACAGGACCAGAUUACACAAUAUAUCCCGUAUCAUCCAUGAACGAGGUUGACUUCAGAAAUCUGCAGAUGAUUUAUAUGGACGCAGUGUUCAGACCAAACUUGUUAUACUUGGACUUUUUGCAAGAGGGUUGGCGUCUGGAGCACAAGGAUGUGCACGACCGGAACUCUGACAUAGUAUUUAAGGGUGUGGUCUACAACGAAAUGAUGGGAGCCUACGCAGACAACAACAUAUUACUUAAACAGAAGAUGCUUAACAACAUUCUGCCGAGUCACGCAUAUGGACACAUGGGAGCAGGGAAUGCGCUUGAGAUGCCAAAGUUAACUCACGAAGAUUUGGUAAAUUACCAUCGUCAAUAUUACCAUCCAAGUAAUGCACGAAUCUUCUGCUAUGGCUGCUUUAAUCUGGAGAAAACGCUUGAAUUUGUCGAUAAGGAAUACCUAUCGCACUAUGAUCGCAUAGAUUCCUCUUUCAGUUGCAUACCCUCAGAAAAACGAUGGUCUGAACCCCGUCGAGUCUGCAUUCAAGGUCGACCAGACACCAUGGGACCAAGCAUAGACCGGCAAAACCAAAUAGCAAUUGGAUUACUUUUGUGUGAUAUUACAGACAUCCAAGAGAACUUUGAGUUGAAAAUACUUGCUGAAUUAUUAAUACGUGGCCCAAACUCUCCCUUCUACAAAAGCAUGGUUGAACCCAACUUUUCAGGAGGUUACAUUAGGUGGACAGGUCAUGUACCGAAUCGUAAGGAUACAUACUUCACUGUGGGCUUACAACAUGUUUCCGAAGACGAUUUGGAAUUGUUUGAAGAGCUCUUUGAUAAUACACUGCAUAAGGCUAGUAUCGAGGGCUUUGAUUCACAACAUAUCGAAAGUGUUCUCUGCAAUUAUGAGCUGACAUUAAAGCAACAAAGCGAAUGCAGGCAUCUGCUUUAUAAAUCUAUUGUAUUAUGGAAUCAUGAUGGUGAUGUUGUCUCCAACCUACGAAUCUCUGAAUUAUUUUCCAAAUUGCGCAACAAAUUAAAGGAUAAUCCAAGCUAUUUUAAACAGAAAAUAGAAAAGUAUUAUAUCAAUAAUCCCCAUAAGCUUAUAAUAACUAUGCGGCCUAAUGAGUGCCAGGAGAUUGAAAGGCAGUUAUCUGAAUCGAAACUACUUUUAAAAAAAUUGAAGGAAACUAGCGAUGAAGAGUUUGAUCAAAUUUAUGAAAAUGGUCUCAAAUUGGAGGCUUUUCAAAAAGCACCACAAGAUAUUGAAGUCCUGCCAUGUUUAUCAAUAAAUGACGUGCAAAAACCUUUCCCGCGACCACAAAUGAACGAAUUAACCCUUCGAAGUGUACCCACACUGAUUAGUCAUGAGCCCUUAGCUGGAAUAACGUAUCUCAACUGCAUGUUCAAUACUACAGGAUUAAGUCUAAACGAUUCUAUGCUCUUGCCUUUGUUUUGUAGCGUAGUUAGCGAAAUGGGAACCUCAAAUCACGACUACCGCCAAUUCGACAAUCUUGUGCGGUCGAAAAUGGCUCGUAUAGUCUUCACUACGAAGGUGGUAGAGAGCGUAACGGAUGGAAAAUCUUAUCACCUAGGACUCCUUAUGAAAACCUAUGCCGUCGACAAGAAUGUGGAUCUUAUGUUCAGACUUUGCGAAGAAUUGUUGCUCAACUUUCGGCUGGAGGAUACAGAUCGCCUCAAGAUGCUUAUAAAAAAUUAUAUUUCAAAGUUCACAUUAAAUGUUAGAAGCAACGGACAUUUGUAUGCCAUGAUGGGAUCUUCUGCAUUAGUAACUAAUGCUGGGCGAUUGAAGUCCUUAUUAACAGGCGUCGAUCACGUGGACUAUAUGAGAAAGUAUGUCAAAGAAAAUAGUAUUGAGGCCAUUCGAGACAGUCUAAAGAGUAUUGGAUCCAAGGUAUUUAACAGGAAUAAUUUGCGAGUUGCCAUUAAUACAUCGGAAAAUAACGUAUCUUCUAUUUUGGGAAAUUAUGAAAGAUUUCUUACACAUUUACCUACUCAACACCAGAUGAUAAAUACCAAAGAGAUAUUUUUGCAGAAGCCUUCUUUUCGCCAUUACAAUCUAGAUAUGCCAUUAAGUUUUUGUUCGAAGACUAUUUUUGCAGUUCCCUAUGUGCAUAAAGAUCAUGCGGCGUUACGAGUGUUGGCCAAGAUUCUAACUGCCAAGUAUCUGUUGCCUGUGGUGCGAGAACAGAAUGGAGCUUACGGUGCUGGUGCUAAAAUUGGGUUUGACGGACUUUUUAACUUCUUCAGCUAUCGUGAUCCACACUCUGCGAAAACAAUUGAGGUAUUCGAUAAGACCUACGAGUGGCUACAAACAGGAAAUUGUAAAAUUGACCAACAAGCUGUUUUCGAAGCUAAACUUGCCGUGUUGCAAUUGGUGGACUGGCCAAUUGCGCCUGGCGAAAUUAACUCGGACAGCUUUGUCUUGGGUGCCACCUAUGAUAUAUAUUUCAAUUAUCGUGCUCGUGUUUUGGCUGUAACUGUAAACGAAGUCGAAAAUGUCAUUGAGAAGUACUUUAAGAACGAAUCAAAACACUUUGGCAAAUGUGUUAUCGGUCGGAAAUCAGUAGAAAUAGAAGUUGAUGAGGAAAGCGAUGAAACUAGUGAAAUGUCAAAUUAAUUGUAGAAGUAGUGGAAUUUCAUUAAUUGCGUAUUAAAAUCAGACUUCGAUAUCAAAUAAAAAUAAAAAUCUACUGAGUUGUAUU